CACGCCCAGAACGUGGUGCACGGAGACAUGAAGCCCGACAACGUGCUGCUCAGCGGCAGCGGCCUGGUCAAGAUUGCAGACUUUGGGCAGGCCCAGUUUUUCAAUGAGGGCGCUGACGUGUUUGACAAGACGCUGGGCACACCCGCAUUCAUGGCCCCCGAGAUGCGCUCUGGCGACGCCUACCACGCCAAGCCCGCUGACAUGUGGGCGCUGGGCAUCACGCUCUACUGCUUCGUGUUUGGGGACCUUCCCUUCAAGGGCGCCAGCCUGGAUGAGCUGUACACGGCGAUACAGCGGCAGGAGGUGCAGUAUCCCGCCAACACACCCAUCAGCGAUGGCCUUCGCUCUGUGCUGGAUGGGCUGCUGAGCAAGGACCCAGCGCGGCGGCCAAGCAGCCUCGAGCUGCUGCACCACCCCUGGGUGGCGGAGCCGGAGGAGGGGCGGCAGGCGGUGGGGCUGGAUGAGCCUCUGGAGCUGACCCGCAUGGAUGAUGCGCCGUCCCUAGAGAAGUGGAUGAACGACCUGGCGGUGGAGGAGCCACAGCCUGUGGGGCGGCUGCCGCUGGCAAACGAGGUGGCCAUCUCUGUGUUUGGGAGGGGCAUGCUGGAGAAUGCGGAGCCCAUCACCGCUCAGAACAUCAUGGGCGUGAUCCAGGAGUCCAACACAGAAGCUUCCGCCUUCCCGCUGCUGUCUGGCAUGACGGGCGCGGACGCGCCGUGGGGCGACCCCUCCCUGCGCAGCAGCACCCUGCGCGGCAGCGACAGCGGCGCGGUGGCCGACGCGUGGAUGGCGGAGCAGCAGCUGGGCAGC